CUCCAACUAUGGGAAACUAGAAAAUAGGAAGGGUUUCUCACAGUUCGAAUGAACUCACCCCUGCCUCUUCGCUGACGCCGAGAGAAUGAAGAAGCCCAUCUCUCGAUUAGCUUAAGCACUCAUUUUCCGUCUCUUCGUUUUCAUUUUUCAAUUUUGUGUCCAUCGAUCGUCUUCGUCGUCUCUUUUCAUCCCUCCCCUGCAGUUCGCGUAGCGAGGGAUUCAGAAACUGACCGCCUCCGCGUGGCCCUCGUUUCAAUUGGGGCAAAGCCAUGCCCCUUUUCAUCACCGACGACGAGCUUGCUCGUUACUCCAACGACGCUCCCCACGUCGCAGCUAGGGCUGACGAUUACAUCAGGCGCUUGCAGACGGAGCUCGAUACCGUCAAGGCUGCCGCAGAUGCCAAUGCGGUCACCGCCGAGCAGACUUGUUCGCUUCUCGAGCACAAGUUCUUGUCCCUCUCCACCGAGUUCUCCACGCUCCAAUCGCAGAACGCACUUCUCCAGUCCACGCUCGAUGAGCGUCUCUCCGAGCUCGCCGAAGCCCAGGCUCAGAAGCAUCAGCUUCACUUGCAAUCGAUGGGGAAGGAUGGCGAAGUAGAGAGGUUGGCAACAGACUUGUCGGAGCUGCGUAAGAGCAAUAGGCAGUUGCUUGAGUUGGUGGAGCAAAAAGACGCGGAGAUCAACGAUAAGAAAGCUACUAUUAACAGCUAUCUCGAUAAGAUUGUUAAUUUGACGGAGAGUGCAUCAAAGAAGGAAGCUCGACUAUAUGAGGUUGAGGCAGAGUUGGUGCAUUCUCAAGCUGCCUGCUCUCGCCUUUCACAGGAGAAAGAAAUUGUGGACAGACAUAACUCAUGGCUAAAUGAUGAGCUGACAGCCAAAGUCGACAGUUUGAUUGAGCUGCGCAUAAGACAUUCCAAUCUAGAGGAAGAUCUGUCUGCUAAGCUUGCAUGUGCUGAGAAACAACUGAGUGAAUCUUCAAGCUCUGCACAGAGGAACAAGGAUAGAGCAGAUGAGCUUGAAGCGAAAUUAACUUCCUUGCAAGAGGAAUUAUGCUCUACUAAGGAUGCUGCUGUGACAAAUGAAGAGCAACUCUCUGCUGAACUCUCUACUGCAAAUAAACUAGUUGAACUUUAUAAGCAAAGCUCCGAGGAAUGGUCAAGGAAAGCAGGGGAGCUUGAGGGUGUCAUUAGAGCUUUAGAGACUCAUUUGGGUGAGCUUGAAAAUGAUUACAAAGCUAGACUCGAAAAAGAAGUCAAAUCAAGAAGCCAAUUAGAGAAGGAAGCUGCUGAUCUCAGAGGAAAACUUGAAAAAUAUGAAGCUGAGAUUGAAAGUAGCAGGAGAAAUAGUGAGCUUAAUCUACUUCCAGUCAAUAGUUUCUCGACAGAAAGGUGGGCGGCCCAGUCUGAUAGCAAUGUCUCCAUGGAGGAUACUGACAUGCUUGUUCCAAAGAUUCCUCCUGGCGUUUCAGGGACUGCAUUAGCAGCUUCUCUACUUCGCGAUGGAUGGAGUCUGGCUAAGAUGUAUGCAAAAUACCAAGAAGCUGUUGAUGCUCUGCGCCAUGAACAACUAGGAAGGAAGGAUGCUGAAGCUGUAUUGCAACGGGUUCUGUUUGAACUGGAGGAGAAAGCAGGAGUUAUUUUGGACGAAAGAGCGGAAUAUGAGAGAAUGUUGGAGUCAUACUCCAUCAUUGGCCAAAAGUUGCAGCAGUCUGUAUCAGAGCGGGGGAACCUGGAAAAAAUGAUCCACGAAUUGAAGGCUGAACUAAGGAGGAAUGAAAGACUAUGAUUUCGCCCAGAGGGAGAUUGUUGACCUUCAGAAGCAGGUUACUGUUCUUCUGAAGGAAUGUCGCGAUGUGCAACUACGAUGUGGAUUGGGGGAUAAUGAUGGUGACGACUCUUCCAUUUAUGCUGAUGUUGGUAUGGAAACAAACGCUGUUGCUGAUAAUGUCAUUUCUGAAAGGCUUUUGACUUUCAACGACAUAAAUGGAUUAGUUGAGCAGAAUGUGCAACUCAGAGGUCUUGUGCGAAGUCUUUCAGAUCAGAUUGAAAAUAGGGAGUCAGAGUUCAAGGAGAAACUAGAAAUGGAACACAAGAAACUCACUGAUGAAGCUGCCGCUAGAGUUGCAAAUGUCUUACAAAGGGCAGAAGAACAAGGGAACAUGAUUGAAAAUCUUCGUGCAUCUGUAUUGUUCCCUCUCCCACAAUUUUCGUGUUCGACUCUUAGCUGCAUUUUCGUCUCUCUCUGAGUAAUGCUUUGUGCUAUUCUUGUAGUUACAGCUUGUCUUUAUUCUCAAUCCUUGUAGUUUGCAAUGUACAAAAGGUUAUAUGAGGAGCAAAAGAAACGACAGUCACCGGAUACACUUCUACAUUCUUCAGAGGCAGCUCUAGAGAAUGGAGGGAAGGAUCUUCUGUUUGUCCUUGAGGGUGCUCAGAUGCAGGAAGCUAGCAAGAUGGCUCAAGAAAAGGUUGCGAAGCAGUUGGGAUCUCUUGAGGAAAAGCUGUCAAAAGCUAGGAGUGAACUUGUAUCAUUGCAAUUGGAGCGUGACAAGUUAGGUUCGGAGGCAAAGCAUGCAACUGAAAAACUGGAGAGGUUUAUGAAAGAAUUUGAACACCAGGACGGUCGAAUCAAAGGUCUUGAAGCACGCAACUUAGAACAUGGCCGCCUGAUUCUUGACUUCCAGAAAAGAUUAAACGAAAGCAUGCAUGUUCAACAUGCUUCUGAGGAUCAUUGUCGGAAGCUAAACAUGGAGGUAUCGGCCCUAAAGCAUGAGAAGGAAAUGUUAUCAAACGCUGAAAAGAGAGCAUGCGAUGAAGUUCGUAGAUUGUCAGAGAGGGUGCAUAGGCUGCAGUCUAGUUUAGACACUUUCCAGAGCGCCGAGGAUGUUCGAAAGGAAGCACGAGCUGCCGAGAGGAGAAAACAGGAGGAAUAUGUCAAACAAAUUGAGAGGGAAUGGGCAGAGGCAAAAAAGGAGCUGCAACUGGAGAAGGAAAAUGUCAGAUCCCUCACAUGUGAUCGGGAGCAGACUUUGAAGAAUGCGAUGAGACAAGUGGAUGACAUGGGAAAAGAGUUGGCUGAUGCACUGCGUGCUGUCACAGCUGCUAAGACCAGGGCUGCUGUAGCUGAGACUAAACUUGAUUUGGAGAAGAAGAAGGCAAGUUCUGAUCAAAAUGUUGCUGAUGGGCUGGAAAGCAGGGCGCUCACUGUUUCCUCUGCAGAGAUCACAACCGAUUUGAUUAUGAUGAAGGAGGAAGUUGGAAAAUUGAGAGAAGAAGCCCAAGCUAAUAAGGAGCACAUGCUGCAGUACAAGAAUAUAGCUCAGGUAAAUGAAGAUGCAUUGAAGCAGAUGGAAGCUGCUCAUGAGAACUUUAAGAUAGAGUCAGAAAAGUUAAAGGAGUCUUUGGAAGCCGAGUUGAUAUCUUCCAGAGUGAAGAUAUCUGAGCUUCACAAUGAAUUGCGCUUAAAGUCUGAAGAAGUUGUGUUGGCUUCUGCUGGUAAAGAAGAGGCUCUUUCUUCUGCUCUGGCUGAAAUUAAUGUCUUGAAGGAGGAACGUUCUAGUAAAAUUUCUCAAGUUGUUGCACUGGAAAUGCAAGUUUCUGUGUUGAAAGAGGAUCUGGAGAAGGAGCAUGAGCGGUGGCGGUCUGCUCAAACAAAUUACGAAAGACAGGUCAUUUUACAAUCUGAGACAAUUCAGGAGUUAACAAAGACAUCGCAGACUUUGGCUUCCUUACAAGAGGAAGCAUCUGGCUGGCAUAAAUUGGCAGAUGAGCGAGAAUGUAUAAAUAAUGAACUGAAAACCAAGUGGGAGGCCGCUCAAUCAAUGCUAGAGGAAUCAAGAAGGGACUCUCAGAAGAAAUAUGACGAGCUUAAUGAACAGAAUAAAUUACUGCACAGCAGACUGGAGGCUCUGCACAUCCAGUUGGCUGAGAGUGAUCGGAGCUCAGUAGGAAUGUCUUCUAGGAGUAAUGCUGAUCCAAAUGCUGAUGGAGGGUUGCAGAAUGUUGUUAGCUAUCUCCGGCGGUCAAAGGAGAUAGCGGAGACUGAGAUUUCUUUGCUAAGGCAGGAAAAGCUGCGAUUGCAAUCACGACUUGAGAGUGCUCUGAAGGCGGCGGAAAAUGCGAAAGUGUCACUCGGUGCUGAGCGUGCGAACUCAAGGGCCUUCAUAUUUUCAGAGGAAGAAAUGAUGUCUCUUCAGCAUCAGGUUGAAGAGAUGAACUUGUUACGUGAAAGCAAUAUGCAACUUAGAGAGGAGAACAAGCAGAGUGUUGAGGAAUGUCAGAAAAUGCGUGAAUUAGCGCAAGAGACUGAAACUAAGGCAGACAAUAUGAAAAUUCUGCUGAGGGGAAGAGAAGCAGAAAUAGAAGCUUGCAAGAAAGAAAUUGAAAUGUCAAGAGCGGAGAAGGAUUUCCUGCAAAAGAGGGUUUCUGAGUUGCUAGAGAAAAAUAUUAAUGUGGAAGACUACGACAAACUUAAAGCUAAUCUUCAGAGGCUGCAGGAGAAACUGAAAGAGAAGGAUGAUCAGUUGGUGGAUACGAAGAACUGCAUGUCGAGGCAGCAAGAAACCCUGUCAAAGUUGGAGGAGGACCUUGGACGAAAUGAGGCGGAGCUGAAUAGUAUAAAGUCCGAAUUGGACAAGCAGAACAGAACGGUCACGCACUAUAAGAGAAGAAAUAAUAGUUUGUCCAAGGAAAGGGAUGAGUUACUCAAAGAAAAGGAUGCAGCUAACAAACAGAUCGAGGAAUUAAAGCAAGGCAAGAAGGUUAUCGGAAACGCUGGUGGUGAACUUGCCGUUAAGGAAAAGGAGGAGAAAGACACCAGAAUACAGAUGCUAGAGAAAAUGCUGGACAAGGUGAGAGACGAUUUGAGAAAGGAAAAAGAAAAUCAUGACCUGGAGAAGGCAAAACAUGAGAGUUCUGAAAAGACUGUUCAGGAAUCUGUCAAGCAUGUUGAGCAGGAGAGAUCAAGCUUUGAGAACAAAUUUGAAAAGCAUAACGAGGCCCUGAGGCGCCUUUCAGAUGAGCUUGCAAAGCUUAAGCAUGUCGAGGGCAGUCUCCCUGAGGGAACCUCCGUUGUUCAGAUUCUUUCUGGGAGCAUUCUGGGUGAUCAUGCUGCUGUUUACCUGUCAGCCGUUGAAAAUUUUGAGAAAAUAGCCACUUCCGUGCUGGGUGAACUUGGACAGACUCCUCCAGUAGAAACCCCUCCAGCACUGGAUGCUCCUGCACCAGUUCCAACUGCAAGUCAAACAACUGCUCAAAUUCCUGUUACCCGAGCCAUUCCCACCAAUCCAAUUCCUGCCAAAGCUGCUGAAGAGAAGGACAAAAGAUUUGUUGUCUCCCGCACGAACGUAGGUGAAGUUCGUAAACCAGGAAGAAGGUUGGUUCGACCCUGGCGUGGCAAGACAGAGGAACCUCAGGUUACUGAUGCAGAGAUGUCUGAGGUAACAGCAGAUAAAUCCAACCUUGGAGGAAAACCUGUUGCCGCAUCCCAAGAUACCGAUGCUAAUGCUAUGCAAGGUAAUCUAAUAAGCUCAUCAUCUCAACCACUGAGCCGCAAACGGCCUUCACAAUCUGUUGCCGAGGGUAGCGAGCAACAGAUUCAAGGGGAGGCUCUUUCCCAGGGAGCUGCCCCUGUGCUAAAGAAGGCCAAGGGACAAGGCUCUUCAGAGGGAGGGGAGGCAGAAGUGCUGCCUGGCACAUCAGCAGCCAACGUUUCUUUGGAUGCAGCUGGUGAUGUACUUACAGGAGGUUCAAAUGAAGAAGUGAUCGCUGCUGAAAAUGAAAUGGCCGAUAUUGUUGGGGACAAGAUGGAUUCAGAUGUUAUAGGUGGCAGCGGGGACCAGGUGGAAGUACAGAACCAGAAGAGUGAUGAUGCGGAGGAUACUACUUCAGAUAAGCCGACGAGUGGGACAUUAGUUAUCGAGAUUGAUGAGAGCCUGAAGGACGAGUUAAUGGUUGAAGAGGACCAACAAGGUGACAGAGAAGAGGGAGAGCUGCCAUCAGAUGUUUCUGAAGCUGAAGGUGGUGCUGACGUGGGCAGCCCAGAAAGUGGGGAGUUCAUGCCCGAAGGCGGCAUCACACCUGAGUCAUCACCAUUGAGGAUGGAAGAAGAAACAGCAGCCCCUACAGAAGAUCUCGAGGCCGGCGAAAUCCCAGAUGACGAAAAUGAUACAGCGGAUACCUCUAACAUUGGUUCCGAGAAGGCAAAUGACACUGACGACCAGAAUGCAGUGGUGGAAACCGAUCAAGGUCAGGAAACCACACCGGUUGCUGGGGACGUAUCCACGACCAAUGCGAGUGCAGAUGCUGAUGUGGUGAAAGCAGAGGCAGCGGAGGUGGUGAAGCAGCAGGUUUCGCCAGCGAGUCAGGCAUCAACAGUCGUUAAUUUAGCUGCCAGAGCCAGGGAACGGGCUCGUAUGAGACAAUUAGGAGCAGCCGCUACGAGUUCACUCCCUGCAGCAGCAGCCUCGCCGAGUGCAUUGAGAGGUCGUGUCAGAGGUUUGGUACGUGGUCGGGGUGUGGGUGCACGAGUGUUGCCACGUGGUGGAGGGAGAACUGGUGGACGUGGAGGCCAAUCAUCUGGCCAACAAGGCUAGGCUAAACCCUACUACGCUCUUUACUCAAGUGGGGUGUGCCUUCCCUUUUUGUUGGUUGUUUCCAGUUCAUGGUUCGAAGUGACAGUCGAUCGACUCGAGUGUUCGAGGAGUACUGGGGUUGUCGGUUGAGUAGACGGUUUUGGUAGGCUGUUGUUGUUUUCAUGUUGCUGAGAGUAAAUCUUCCUUUGCCUAAUAUAAAUUUGUAGACUGUACAGUGCAUCUGGGUUUUGCAAGUGUUUUUGGCAUGAACUCUAGGAAUUGUGAUUAGCAGGUUGUCACGCCGGCCGGCGUGCCACCGGUUGGACAUGGUUCAACCUGUACCGGUCAUAAAACCGGCGUGACACCAUCGGUAUGAUCGACAUGAUCGAUAUACGAAUCUCUAUGUAAAAUAACCUUAUUUUAGUGACUUCAAUUGUUAAAAAUUAUUUUAUUAUUUAUGUAUGAGUAUAAAUGUUAAAUAUUGAUGUUAUUUGU